CGCCGGCCGCCGGCGGCAGUGCGGCCCGCGGCGCCGUCCCAGUAACAGUCAUGGGCAACGUGCCCGGCUCGGAGGCCGCCGAGCACGACUACGAGGAGGGCGAGAAAGGCAUCGUGAUCGGCAUUCGCCACGAUGAGAACUCCAACCCGUCGUCGCCGUCCUCGCCGAUGGCGCCGCCCGGCGUCAGACAAGGGGACAGUAUCGCCGACGUGCACGUGGGCGAGCUGGACUUCACGGAAGUGCCGACCCCGCCGGACGGAGGCUACGGCUGGGUCAUCGUCUUCGCCUCCUUCCUCUGCAACAUGAUCGUGGACGGCAUCGCUUACAGCUUCGGUAUCUUCAUGCCGGCCUUCGUGGAGUACUUCGGCGAGGGUGUCGGCAAGGUGGCCUGGGUGGGCAGUCUGCUGAACGGCGUCUACCUCAGCGCUGGUCCGAUCGUCAGCGGACUGACGAACGUGUACGGCUGUCGGCCGGUGACCAUCGCCGGCGGCAUCAUGGCCGGCACGGCGUUCCUCAUCUCGACCACGGUCAGCAGCGUCUCCUGGCUGAUGCUGGUGUACGGAGUCAUCGGAGGUCUGGGCUUCGGCCUGAUCUACCUACCGGCGAUCGUCACCGUCAACUACUACUUCGAGUCGCGCCGCGCGCUGGCCACCGGCAUCGCCGUGUGUGGGUCUGGCGUCGGCACGUUCGUCUUCGCCCCCUUCGCCUCCUACAUGCUGGGCCAGUAUGGAUGGAAGGGUGCCAACAUGAUCCUGGCUGGCAUCAUCUUCAACGCCGUGGUGUGCGGGGCGCUGAUGCGUCCGCUCGUCUACAAGAAGCCCAAGGCGAGCCAGAAGCCGCUGCUGCAGAAGAUGGCCGAGGACAAACAGCGCCAGUUGAAGCGUGGUUCCAACGUCUCCGACAGCUUCUUUUUCGUCCAGCUGCCGGACGGCACGCUCGAGCGCCGGCCCAAGUGGAAGAUGAACGCCGACCCGGGCGUGCACUCGUCGCUGGCGCUCAACGAGUUCGGCUCGCCGUCGGCGGCGCUGCCGACGAUCGCGGAGGCGGCGCGCACGGGCGGCUCCAGCUCACCCGACGGCCCGGCGGCCGGCGAGGAGCAGCAAGCCGAGAAACCGGCUCAGGAGGACCCCGGCGACGGCGGCGACGCGCCUGCCCGCAAGGAUGGCCCCAAAGCCAACGCCAAGGAAGGCGACAACGACUCGGAGAAGGCCAGCGACGAGGAAAAGAACGACGUGGUGCCCGAGCUGCCGGGCGAGGACCUCGAGCUGGGCCGGCGCGGCAGCAAGAAGGAGGUGCGCACUCGUGCCGUCAAACGACGCAGCAGCGUGCCCAAGGGCGAGCCGCCCGCCGCCACCAACGGCGCCGCCAUGCCCAAGAACGUGUCGACACCGUCGUUCGGCCAGCAGCAGCGGCGCGGCUCGGGCGCGCGCGCGGCCGGCCUGCGCCUGAGCGCCUCGGGCAACAGCCUGAACCCGGACCUGCGCCGCUUCUCGUUCCACAACCGGCGCGGCACGGGCCCCAGCCAGGAGGACCUCUGGCUGUGCAGCAACACGAGCGUGAGCGCGGCCGGCUCGCGCGGCUCGCUGCCGCGCCCCGGCGAGAUGCUGCGCCCUAUGAGUCGGCGCGACAUCUUCUACAGCGGCAGCAUCGCGCACCUGGCGCAGUACCAGAGCCAGCGCAGCCUGGCCUCGUACCGCGCCUCGGUGCUCUCGCUGCCCCGGGACGGAUACGCCGACCAGCAGCACGACCCCAACUCCUGGGCGUGCGUGCUGCCGGCCGGCUGCGGCGUGCUGGCUGAGAUGAUCGACAUGAGCCUCCUGCGCAACCCGCUCUUCAUCCUCAUCUGCGCCAGCAACGUCUUCGGCAUGCUGGGCUUCUACGUGCCGUUCGUGUACAUCGUGGACUCGGCCAUGAUGAAGGGCGUGGAGCCGGACUCGGCGGCUUUCCUGCUGUCGGUGAUCGGCAUCACCAACACGCUGGGCCGCGUCAUCUCCGGCUUCAUCACCGACUUCCCACGCGUCGACGCGCUCUUCGUCAACAACGUCUGCCUGAUGCUCAGCGGCGUCUGCAUCUUCCUGAUCCCCUUCUGCUCCAGCUAUGCGAGCUUCGUUGUCGUCUGCGUGGCUUUCGGGUUCUUUGUCGCCGGAUACAUCUCGCUCACCUGUAUCGUGCUGGUUGACUUGCUGGGUAUUGACAAGCUGUCGAACUCGUUCGGCCUGCUGAUCCUGUUCCGUGGUACAGCGAGUAUGGUUGGCCCGCCCGUGGCAGGCGCCCUGUUCGACUACACGGGCGACUACGACGUGUCGUUCUACGCGGCCGGCGGCCUGCUGCUGCUCGCCAGCGGUAUCAGCUGCCUGGUGCCGGUGGCGCGGCGCGUGCUGGAGCGGCGCGGCGGCGGCGGUGGCGGUGGCACCGGCGCCGCCGUCGGCGGCAGCCCCAGCUCGCCCGCCUUGCCGGAGGUCAUCGUCAGCGACGAGAACGACGGUUCGCCAGAGGACGCCGUCUGAGUGAGAGACACUGGAGGCCACGCCGCGCGUGAAGGGCGCGGUCGACUAGCGGACAGUAUUCGAGGGCAGCCCGAGCCGAGCACGCGUCGGAGGGCGGCCUCAGGGGCCAAACGUC